AUGCCUGAAGCUUUCAAAGAAAAGUAUCCCAGUACAAGGGUAAUAAUCAAUUGCACCGAGGUGUGCUGUCAGAUGCCUAGCAGUCUUCUAUUAAACAGUGAGUUAUUUGGCUCUUACAAGAACCAUACCACCCUAAAAGCACUGAUGAGCAUUUCUCCUAAAGGGUCUGUAAAAACCAUCCCUCAACCCAGGCCGCCUCGUCAACAUUAGUUAUUUUGCGCUCUGCAUGCUAAUUUAUUAUUCAGUCUGUGAGUCACAUUGUUCGAGUUAGUUAUCAGUUGUCCGUUGUCAGUCAAGUUUCACAGUCAAGUUUCGCUUCUACAGCCCUUAUCCUGUCACGUCUGGUACGUUCUUUAUUCUAGUUGUGUUUGCUUAUUAGUUUAUGCUUCCUUGUGUUCGAUUUCCCCGAGUAAUUUUAUUUUAUUCAUCUAUUUAGAAACCACAUUGGCAAUUAUGUAACUAUGGUGAGACAUUAAAUCGAAGUGAAAACCUAUUGCUGGUGUGCGUUGUCUAUAGGGUCAAUAACAUUUAUAAGUCAAUUAUGCACUGGCAGUAGAUCUGAUAAAGCAAUGGUUGAACGCAGCAGUUUUUUUAAACUACCCUUUGAACAGGGAGACUCUGUAAUGGCUGACAAGGGUUUUUCAAUUGAAGAUGUUCUCCUACCUUGGAGUGUCCCUUAACAGCCCUCCUUUCCUUGGAAUGUCUGACCAGAUGUCAGGUGAAUUUGUUAUCAAAACACUAGAAGUUGUUGGCUUGCGAAUACAUGUGGAAAGGGCCAUUAACAAAGUAAAGAUCUUUUUAAUAUUUGAGGGUGUUAUCCCACUAAGUCAGUUUGGAAUAGUAAAUCAAAUGUGGUGUGUGUUUGUGAUACUUUGCAAUUUUCAAGAUCUUAUCAUAAGUGCAUGGUGAACCUUUAGUUUUCUCUGUGAUGGCUACAUACCUGAACAGUCCACAGACUGAAAUGCCUGGUCCCUGCUAGAAAGAAACUAUCUGACUGGUCCUCCAAGACAAGUUCCAAUUUGGUUUAUAGAAUACGUACCAGACAUUUAAGUGACACAUUGUUAUCAUUUAGGACAGUGAUUUCAGUUAUAUAACAUAAUAUCCUGAAACAGGACAUAUUUUAAUAAUGCAGUUUGGAAAAAAUAAGGGCAAUAAUUGAAUUGUAUUCCAUUUUCAAAAUGAUUAAUAUUGUAGGCAGCAGCCUUUCAAAAAUGGUGAAAACCAGAAAGUAGCCCCCAGAAAAUAGAAUAGAUGAGAAGAAAACAAGGAGGGAAGUUGACCUUCCAAUCAAAAAUUUGUAUUGCAAUUUAAAUUCAUCUUUUGUUUAAGAUUUUCAACCCAGGUUGACUCUUAUUUUUUAUUGUCUUGUAUUCAUUGACAAGAAAUGAAGCGAAAUAAAUUCAAAAUGAAAGUGGUGAAAAAAUUAAACCAAAACCAAAUUUUGUUGUGAGAAAUUUACAAAUAUCAAGUGAAGAUCUCCCAAUAGAAUAGGUGAAACAAGAGUGGAAACCUCCUAAAAAGCUGGUAUUUACACGGCCUUUGAUGCAUGCUUUCUAAAGUGGGCAAAAUAACAUGAUGAAAGCUUUUGCCUUAAUUCUGCCCAGUAUGCAGGAUCAAAGGCAAUCCUUUCCACAGAGAUUCCUUUCUUGGUGUAUACAAUGAAGUCGCACCAGGAUGCUCUAGUUACACCCAUCUCUUUUGAGUUUGCAUUGUCCAUUGACAGCUUCACAGCAGAAUGAAGGAUCUUCUCAAGCCUCCAAAGGGGUAACAUGGUAUUUGGUCUCUGAACAUUUAACCUAUGCAAGUCCAAAGUGUUGCUCGCAUCCAAAAUCAACAACUCUUGCAUCAGGGGAGCCAGCAAGAAUUGGCAAAUGUUGUGAAAUAACUUGAUCACACUUGAGAACCUUACCCGGAGUCUUUCUGGUUAACAUUAUUUUUUGUAUUCUUUUAGUGAAAUUGGUUUAUAUUUCAGUCCAUGCUCAACAUGUCUGGAAGAGAAUGACUUUGGGUAAGUGAGCUCAGCAGGAAACUUGUGAUGGUUUCUUUGCCUUUUUUUACUAGCUGGAAUCUAGCUGAGAUCAGAAUUUGAUUGCUCUCUUGUGGCAGAUUCAAUGCUGUUAUUAGAAUUCUCAUCAACUUCAAGAGUCUGAAGGAUUGCUUUUUUGGCAUCAUUCAGGUUAUCAGAAAUAACAAAUGUAUCUAUUGCAGAUAAAGGAAAUCUCGGGUAG